GCCACGCGUUAGAUUUACUGUACGGAGACCAGGGGCUACCCGUCGGCGUCACAAUUCCUCUGCAUUCCUGUAUCGGACACAAAAAAUCAUCAAAAUGGUUGAUGCUUUCUGCAACACAUGGAAACUGAUCGACAGUCAGAACUUUGAUGAAUACAUGAAAGCACUUGGUGUUGGUUUUGCCACAAGGCAAGUGGGCAAUGUCACCAAACCAACUAUUGUGAUCAGCAAAGAUGGGGACAAAGUGAUGGUGAAAACCCUGAGCACCUUCAAAAACACUGAGAUCAGCUUCAAAAUGGGAGAGGAGUUUGAUGAGACCACAGCUGAUGACAGACAUGUCAAAUCUACUCUCACCAUGGAUGGAGACAAGCUUGUGCAUGUGCAGAAGUGGGAUGGCAAAGAAACAAAAUUCAUCAGAGAGAUCAAGGAUGGGAAGAUGGUGAUGACCCUGACCUUUGAGGGCGUCCAAGCGGUCCGCACAUACGAGAAGGCGUAACUUUCCCAGAGUCCUCGACCGAGCAAAUCAUCCCAGCACUGUGACCGACCGCCAAGGCCCUCCUGUGUUCAGCUCCCGUUUUUACCAUUUGCAGUUUGCACUCGAUUUGUUGUUGUAACGUGGGACAAAUAUUUUGGGGAAAAUGUUCUUUUGUAAGAUCUUUUGUAAGAAAUUCUGAAGUUGUUGUGGAGACUCAUAUUCUGAAGCGCCUAAAUUUGUUUCAUACUGAUCCAUUCUGUGUGUCACCCAUGACAAAGGGAGAAAAUAAAGUACUUGACUCAAACUUA